GUUGUUAGAAAGUUAAUGGCUGGGGGAAAGAGAACCUCCUCAACCCUCGCUUCGGGAGAGUUUCUGGAUUCCCUGAAGUAAAGAUCACGCAAAUAUCUUUUAAGAAAGCGCCUGGACGGACGUUUAAGACAACAACUCGCUCGUUAACAUACGUACCGUGAGCACAAGUAUGCAGGAUGCAGUAGCCGGGACGGCAAUGCUGACGGACGGCUUCGAGGACGAGAUUGACUCGGUGACUCCUCGCUCCCCAGUGGCAGGGAUGGGGGUAGGAGCGACACCAGGAGGAGUCGGACUGGGGAGCAUUGGUAUUGGUGUUGGUGGAAAGAAAGUGCGUUUGUACGGUGAACCAGGCGGACCUGCCGCAGAAAGACUGGAUUUCAAACUUGCGGCCGCGGCCGUCCUCUCCUCGGGUCCGGGYUCCGGCAGCGAAGAAGACGAGGUUUCAGAGGUGGAGUCCUUCAUUUUGGACCAAGAGGACCUGGAUAACCCCAUUAUGAAGACAGCUUCGGAGUUGCUUUUGUCCAGCGCCACAGACGGAGUAGAUCUGAGGACUGUAGAUCCAGAGACACAGGCUCGACUCGAAGCUUUACUGGAAGCUGCAGGCAUCGGUAAACUCUCCACUGCCGAUGGUAAAGCUUUUGCAGACCCUGAAGUGCUGCGCCGACUAACAUCGUCAGUGAGUUGUGCCCUGGACGAGGCGGCGGCCGCCCUGACCCGUAUGAGGGCCGAAAACACGCUCAAUGCCGGCCAAGCUGACAAUUUGGUUAUUUUCAGCCGUAGUUUAGCAGAAGCGUGUUCGGAUGGGGACGUCAACGCCGUGCGCAAACUGCUGGAUGAAGGACGGAGCGUCAACGAACACACAGAAGAGGGGGAGAGCCUGCUGUGUCUCGCCUGCUCGGCUGGCUACUAUGAACUUGCACAGGUUUUAUUGGCUAUGCAUGCCAACGUAGAAGACCGGGGCAUCAAAGGGGACAUAACACCCCUCAUGGCUGCUGCCAGUGGAGGUUAUGUGGACAUUGUCAAACUGCUUCUUGUCCAUGGGGCAGAUGUCAACGCACAAUCUUCCACAGGUAACACAGCUCUGACGUACGCAUGCGCCGGUGGCUUCGUGGACGUGGUUAAGGUGCUGCUAAAAGAGGGUGCGAACAUCGAGGACCACAAUGAGAACGGACACACCCCUUUAAUGGAGGCAGCCAGCGCUGGCCACGUGGAGGUGGCCAGGGUACUCCUGGAAUAUGGCGCCGGCAUCAACACACACUCCAACGAGUUCAAGGAGAGCGCACUCACACUCGCCUGCUACAAAGGUCACCUGGAUAUGGUUCGCUUUCUGUUAGAGGCCGGAGCAGACCAGGAGCAUAAAACAGAUGAGAUGCACACGGCACUGAUGGAGGCUUGCAUGUCCCAGGACGGCCAUGUGGAGGUGGCGCGGCUGCUGUUGGACAGCGGCGCUCAGGUCAACAUGCCAGCUGACUCCUUUGAGUCYCCCCUCACCCUCGCAGCUUGUGGAGGACACGUGGAGCUGGCUGCCCUGCUCAUAGAGAGAGGCGCCAAUUUGGAGGAGGUUAAUGAUGAAGGUUACACUCCUCUGAUGGAAGCAGCCAGAGAAGGCCACGAGGAGAUGGUAGCACUGCUGCUAGCUCAAGGUGCGAACAUCAAUGCGCAGACAGAGGAGACCCAGGAGACCGCUUUGACUCUGGCAUGUUGCGGAGGCUUCUUGGAAGUGGCCGACUUCCUCAUUAAGGCGGGUGCUGACAUCGAGUUAGGCUGCUCCACUCCUCUAAUGGAGGCUGCACAGGAGGGCCAUCUGGACUUGGUCAAAUAUCUACUCGCUGCAGGAGCAAACGUUCAUGCCACAACAGCAACGGGCGACACAGCAUUGACGUAUGCUUGUGAGAAUGGACACACAGAUGUGGCAGAUGUGCUGCUGCAGGCUGGAGCCAACUUGGAGCACGAGUCUGAAGGGGGGAGGACACCCCUGAUGAAGGCAGCAAGGGCGGGGCAUCUCUGUACAGUCCAGUUCCUUAUCAGCAAAGGUGCUAAUGUAAACAGAGCUACUGUCAGUAACGAUCACACGGUGGUGUCUCUGGCCUGCGCUGGAGGGCAUCUGGCUGUUGUGGAGUUGCUGUUGGCACAUGGAGCAGAUCCCACACACAGACUCAAAGAUGGUUCAACCAUGUUGAUAGAAGCUGCUAAAGGUGGCCACACUAAUGUGGUGUCCUACCUGUUGGACUACCCCAACAACAUCCUGUCAGUCUCAGCCCCUGAUCUUUCACAACUCACACCCCCAUCGCAAGACYCAUCUCAGGUCCCUCGUGUUCCAUUCCAAGCUCUCGCUAUGGUUGUGCCCCCUCAGGAGCCCGACAGAGCCCCAUCAAACAUCGCAACACCCCCACCUGUCUCUAGCAAAGGUGCAUCCAAACAGAGACAGGCGGCCCUUCAAUCCGGCGUCCCCAGCGCGGUCUGCCGGGGGCCUGAAGCAGAACCUCUGCCACCCUUCCAUUUGUGCCCGCCGUUGGAGUGCAUCGUGGAGGAAACAGAGGGGAAGCUAAACGAGCUGGGCCAGAGGAUAAGCGCUAUCGAGAAAGCUCAGCUCGAAUCGCUGGAGCUCAUUCAGGGGGAGCCGCUCACCAAAGACAAGAUCGAGGAGCUGAAGAAGAGCCGGGAAGAGCAGGUGCAGAAGAAGAAGAAAAUCUUGAAGGAGCUGCAGAAGGUGGAGCGCCAGCUGCAGCUAAAAACACAGCAACAGUUCACCAAAGAGUACAUGGAGGCAAAGGGCUUAAAAGAAGACCAGGAGGCGGGACAGAGCCAAGGUCCGGGUCCGGGGCCUGGGAGUAUGACUGCUGGUCCGGGACCCAUGCUUACCCCACUGGGUAGUCAGGCACACACCGGCUCUGACACCGAUGAAGAGGCCAACAAGGACCGGGAUCAAGAAGAGCAGCCUGGGGGUGAAGGGGAGGAGGAGGAGGAGGAGGAGGAUGACGAUGAAGACGAAGAGGAUGAGGAGGAAGAGGACGAGGAGGAGGAGGAGGAGGAGGUUUCAGAGGACAACGCAGAUGAAGAAGAGGAGGAUUACCCCAAGCUUCCUCAGACUCAGCCUCCUCCGUCUCUUCAGGACCCCUUCGUCCCCAUCCAGCCUCUGCCAGAGUACAACCCCGCAGACUACCCCGGAAGCACCAGCCCCGAGCUGCAGCGGGUGCUGAUAGAACAGCAGAUGUUGGGUCAGCAGCAACAGUGUCUGGGUCAACAGAUACCCGGGUUAGGCCCAGGAAUGAUACCUCAGCCAGCUCCAGAUGGUCUCAUGGUAGCCACGCCUGCACAGACGCUCACAGACACACUGGAUGACAUCAUGGCAGUUGUGAGCAGCCGCGUGCCCACGCUGAACACUACAACUUCGCCCACGCCCCCGUCCCAGCCGCCCACGCAGACGCCUACGAACAUCGCCUCCCCUCCUUCAGCCUUGCCCCUCUACCCCUCUGUUGACAUAGAUGCACAUACGGAGAGCAACCACGACACGGCGCUGACGCUCGCCUGCGCAGGUGGACACGAGGAGCUCGUCUCGGUCCUGAUCGCACGGGGCGCCAAUAUUGAGCAUCGGGAUAAAAAAGGUUUUACUCCUUUGAUCCUGGCUGCCACUGCUGGUCAUGUAGGAGUAGUCGAGGUGCUCCUUGACAAAGGUGGGGACAUAGAGGCUCAGUCAGAGAGAACCAAAGACACGCCCCUUUCCCUAGCCUGCUCAGGGGGCCGCCAGGAGGUUGUGGAGUUGCUGCUGCUGAGGGGAGCCAACAAGGAACACCGCAACGUUUCAGACUACACGCCUCUCAGCUUGGCUGCUUCUGGAGGUUAUGUCAACAUCAUCAAGAUACUCCUCAAUGCUGGAGCUGAGAUCAACUCCAGGACUGGCAGUAAGCUGGGAAUCUCCCCUCUGAUGUUGGCGGCUAUGAACGGUCAUGUGCCAGCAGUGAAGCUGUUGUUGGACAUGGGCUCGGACAUCAAUGCUCAGAUCGAGACCAACAGGAACACAGCCCUGACCCUCGCCUGCUUUCAGGGCCGAGCUGAGGUCGUCAGUCUGCUGCUCGAUCGCAAAGCCAACGUCGAGCAUCGAGCUAAGACCGGUCUUACUCCUUUAAUGGAGGCUGCCUCCGGAGGUUACGCAGAAGUGGGCAGAGUCCUGCUGGACAAAGGCGCCGAUGUCAACGCUCCCCCUGUUCCUUCGUCACGAGACACUGCCCUCACCAUUGCUGCCGACAAGGGCCACUACAAGUUCUGUGAGCUGCUUAUUACCAGGGGCGCUCAUAUUGAUGUGCGCAACAAGAAAGGAAACACUCCCCUCUGGCUGGCAGCAAACGGUGGUCACUUCGACGUGGUUCAGCUCCUCGUGCACGCCAGCGCCGACGUGGAUGCUUCAGACAACCGCAAAAUCACCCCACUCAUGGCUGCUUUUCGAAAGGGCCAUGUAAAAGUGGUCCAGUAUCUUGUGAAGGAGGUCAACCAGUUUCCGUCGGAUAUUGAGUGCAUGAGAUACAUCGCCACCAUCGCUGACAAGGAGCUGUUGAAGAAGUGUCACCAGUGCAUGGAGACCAUCGUCAAAGCAAAAGACCAGCAGGCAGCUGAGGCUAACAAGAACGCUAGCAUUCUCCUCAAGGAGUUGGACUUGGAGAAGUCUCGGGAGGAGACCAAGAAGCAGGCGCUGGCUGCCAAGAGGGAGAAAAGGAAGGAGAAACGCAAGAAGAAGAAGGAGGAGCAUAAGAGAAAAACAGAGGAAGAGGAGGGGCAAAAACCAGAGGAGUCAUCAGAGAUGCAGGAGCAGAAAGAUGAUUCAGCCGAAGAAAAAGAGGUCCCAAUCGAACCUCCCAGCGCAACCACCACCACCACCAUCGGCAUAUCCGCCACCUCCACCACGUUCGCCACAGGUUUUGGGAAGAAGCGAGGAAUCGUUGCCACGACCCCGAACACCAAUCGUAAGAACAAGAAAAACAAAACCAAGGACUCUGCACCAAACGAACCAAUCAUAUUACAGGAUCCGCAGGUUGCUCUCGCGCAGCACAAAGCUGACAAGAACAAGAUCCACGGUGAGCCACGGGGCGGCGGAGGGGGCGCGGCGGGCGGGAACAGCGAUUCAGACCCCCUGGAUAGCACCGACUGUGCCAGRGAGAGCAGCAGCAGCGGGGGGAGGAGCCAGGAGCUCAACUACCUCCCUGACCUCCCCUCCUCGGCCUCCUCCUCUUCUUCCACCUCCUCCUCCUCCUCGGCUCCUUCCUCAGGAGUAACGCAGUCCCAGGCCUUCCUGCCCGGUCCGGAGAAGAGAUACUGUCCUCAGCUGCAGACGGAUAACAAAAUGGACACAAAGGUCACCGUCUCCAUCUCAAAACCAACACAAAAAGCUCCAGAUUCAAGCGACUCCUCCAACUCUUUGCCUUCUCCGUUCAAGACCAUGGCUCUUCCUGUCACCUCCCCCAGCAGUAAGCUCAGCCUCACGAGUCCAAAGAGAGGCCAGAAAAGAGAAGAAGGCUGGAAAGAGGUGGUGAGAAGAUCCAAGAAGCUCUCUGUGCCAGCCUCCGUCGUGUCUCGGAUCAUGGGUCGAGGUGGCUGCAACAUCACGGCCAUCCAGGAUGUGACAGGAGCUCACAUUGACGUGGACAAACAGAAGGACAAGAACGGGGAGAGAAUGAUCACCAUAAGAGGAGGCACGGAGUCAACGAGGUACGCAGUCCAGUUGAUCAACGCUCUAAUCCAGGAUCCAGCCAAAGAGCUCGAGGAUCUAAUUCCCCGGAAUCACAUCAGAGCCCCAGGCUCUAAAGCGGCGUCGGCCUCUUURGCCAGUACAGCAUCGGCCAGCGGUUCAGCCGCCGGCUCGAAGGCUCUAAGCUCAUUGGUCACCUCCAGCGGUGUUUCGUUCCAACCCUCUUCAUCUGCAUCGUCGUCCUCCUCUCAGACCGGGGCCAAAAUGGGAAAGGGGCUGUCGUCCAGCGUCAGGCAGCCUUUCCCGGUGUCYCUGCCCCUGGCGUACGCUCACCCUCAGCUGGCUCUGCUGGCCGCUCAGACCAUGCACCAGAUCAGACACCCUCGUCUGCCCAUGGCACAGUUUGGUGGCACCUUCUCACCGGCUGCCAGCACCUGGGGACCUUUCCCAGUGCGUCCCGUGAGUCCCGGCAGCGCCAACGGCUCCCCCAAACACAACGGRGGAACCGCCAACGCCGGGGCCCAGGCACGGCCCAGCUCAACCCACGAGCACAGUGGUGCGGCCAGCUCGGGGACUCCGGUCACGACCACCAACACCACCACGACAUGCGSGCCCAAUACGUCUGCCGCUGCGGCCUCACCUCAGACCCCUAAUCCCACUCCAUAUAAUCCUCAACCAAGCAUCCCCACCCCAUCUUCUGCCAGGAAACAGCUUUUUCCUCCUGAUCCCAAGCCAACAGGCGUCACCCCCGUGUCUAGUGCCCCUGCGUCUAGCAGCAGCAGCGCUGUGAGAGGCACCGGUUCUCCUGCACUGCCCAGUUCCACUACGACUACAACCAGUGCUCCUCAGCAGCCAGCUGGACCUGUUUCUCAGCCUCCCAUCCAGCCCACUAAGACAGAGCCCAGUAUCGUGGCCCCGCCUGGGAAAGACAAACCGUCUGUACCCAUGGAGAACCAGCCUGUYUCCGUCAGUGAGAACAUCAGCUCUGUGGGCUUCCCUUCUUCUGCUCUGGCUUUAACUACCAAGCCAGAGUCCCGACAGCAGAUACCUCCUCCUCCCUCUUCUGUACCGUCGUCAGAGGCUCAUCCACCCCUUCAGAACCCACAGCCCAGCUCCCACCUUCCCUCAGUGCUAUCCCCUGCGCUCUCACACAACGUUUCACACGCCAACAACACUGUUCCCCACUUCUCAGCCCCCGCACCUCGCGUCUCCCAUCGUAUGCAGCCACCAGGGCCUUACUUUCCCCUUUCGGAGCAGCAACAACAGACYCCGCAGCAGCAGCAGUCUGUUUUUGUGCCCUUCAGCGCUCAGCAGGAACCCUCAAAACAGACCCAAAACCAGACYUCCCAGCCAACGAAUCUGCCCCCAACAACCCAAGCUCAGGCCCAAGCUAAUCUGGGAAUAAUGAACGGCUCCCAGAUGCAGCAUGUUGCCACCGCCGGCAAACCUCAGCAGAUACCCCCCAACUUUGGUCAUGCAGGUCUCUUCAAUUUCAGCAGCAUCUUUGAUAACAACAGCCAGGUGGGAAACAAUCAGGUGUGGGGUGCAUGCCAUUUGCCUGCACGAUCUCCUCCAGAUCAGUCAUACUCUGCCCCACCAGCCUAUAUGAACAUGGGACAGAUGGAGAAUAUGAUGCCACCUCCUUCAGACAACUCCAAAGCCCCCGGCUACCGUUCUAACUCUCAGAGGAUCGUCAACAGCCCCAUUGCUUUGACCAGCUAUGCUCCCAGUAUCCCUGGCAGUCCUGUCUACCUGCACAGUCAUGCGGGGGUUGGCGCGCCGUCGUUCAGCAGACAGCACUUUUCCCCUCACCCAUGGAGUGCAUCCACGUCAGGUGAAACCCCUGUCCCUCCGCCUCCCACAGUGUCCUCCUCUGCCUUAUCCACCUCAGCUGUGGCCCCUCCUCCUCAAGCCAAACCAGGCAGUUCCUCGCAGCAGGACCGGAAGGUUCCCCAACCUAUCGGCACAGAGCGGUUGGCCAGAAUCAGGCAGACGGGUUCAGUCAAUCCUCCUCUGCUCACAACCAGCUACACGGCGCCCGUUGGACAGGGGGGAAUUUGGUCGUUUGGAGUCGGGAGUGCCUCGGCAGAGGCCAUGUCUGGUUGGUCCCAGCCGCUGCUGAGCAGCCACAUGAUGCACCCACACAUGCAGGCAGAGCAGUCAGCCUUCUCUCAGCACCAGCCAAUGGAGCAGGACGACACUGGCAUUGCAAACCCUGCUAACAACUACCACCAGCCUCAGCAUUUGCCCAACAAUUACAUGGACUUCCAGAAGGGGAUGCCUAUGUCAAUGUACGGAGGAACCAUGCUGACACCUCACCCCCCGAUGGCGGAAGGCCCGGGGGGUCCGAUGUACAAUGGUUUGCARGCAGGUGACCCUGCAUGGAGCUCAAUCAUCAAAGUGGUCCCAAACAAUGCAGAUAGCUCUGACCCACAGCAGCAGGUUUGGCCUGGCACCUGGGCACCUCAUGUGGGCAACGUGCAUCUGAACCACGUCAACUAGACGGCGUCUGCAGCACUUACACACACACACACAGCAUGAUCCACAGUAAUACCAACUGAAGAAUAUGACCGAAUGAGACAAAGUAAAGAAAAAGUACAAGAUAACUUUAGCGACCUAAAGGUGGAGAGCAGAGGUCGAAUAAUUAGAAGUUCCCUGACGCCAUUCUUUGAUGUGCCUAUCUCAGACAAGAAAAGGAGGGGAGGGGACUAGAGCUGAUUUCUGUGUCCUGAUGAUGCAAACAAACAUGCGCGUUCACCUGUUCAACAAGAUCUAUUCUCUGCGUAGUUUAGCGAUUUUUGACUUAAACCCACAUACAUCGUUCUUGGGCUGCAAGGGGGGCUCAACAUGAAGUAGCUAUUUAAACUUGGCCCAGAACUAGAUAAAGAUGAUGAUGAUGAUGAUGAUUACCUAAAGAGAAAUCAGAACCUUUUAGAGUGGUAAAUACAUGUAUAAUUGUUUACAUACUAAAAAGGGUUAAUGAGAGUAAAUUUCAUGUCGUAUAGUGGCUCUACUUUAUGUAGCCUGUAUUAAUGUGAAAUAUUUACCUUAAUAUUCAAUAAAAAGAUUGAAAAGUA